AUGUCAGAUCAUCUCGGCGUGCUGCUGCUCCUUAUCACCUCCGGCGCGCUGCUGGUGGCGGAGGCGGCGGCGUCGGGUAAGACGCACGAGACCACCGCCGUCGGUGCCGGCGAAAAACGGUCGCAGCCCGGUCGGGGCCCCGGGGCAGAGGUGCACCAGGCGGACGUGUCGGUCAGCGAGCCGGUGGCGGUGCGGCUCGGAAAGGCCGCCAAAAGUGGCUCGUCGCCGAUCACCUACAUCAAGACGCUGCCGUCGGACGGCGCGUCGGGAGAGGACCGUGGCCACGGACAUCCGGCGAAUCGGCUGGCGAACCAUCGCGCCAAACCCAGGAACGGAAACCGUUUCGCACCGAAAUCGCUGGACGUUGCAGCGCCGAAAGACUUGAGCAACGCGGAGCUUUUCGGGAAAUUGGGUCUCGGUAAGGUCCGGCCGGCGACCAACCACCACAAGAAGCGCCUGGCGGAGGAGUCCCGGCACUAUGGACGCCCAGAUGACUCGCACAUGUACGUCAUCAAGCUGCCCCCGAACCCGUACUAUUACACCCACAACGUGGCCCCGCAGAACAGCAUCUCCAGUGUCGGCAAGCAGGUUCCGGUGGGCUUCAAGUCGAAUGGUAAGCCGGCCCGUAUCUACCACUGGAACAUUCCGGUGCUGAAGAAGAUGCUCGGGGCGAAGCAGAGCCGUCACCCGAACUCCCGCCGCCACGACGACAUCGACGAGCUGAUCGACAUCAAGGAGAUCCCGACCUGGACCAAGCCGUGGGAGGGUGCGCCGCGCGAGAAGUCACUGCUGAAGGCGAGCACCGGGCUGGCGGGUGAAGCGGAUCGGGCCGGCAAACGGAAGCUCCCGACGUACUACGCGCCGGCCAAGAAGCAGACCGGCGGUGGCAAGUCGAAGAAGCACGCCGGCAGCAAGUACAACACGAGCGGAAGCAACGGAAAGCCGCAGAGCUUCUACAUCCUCGGCGACAAGGACAGUCGAACGAAGAUCGUGGGUCACUCGGCCGAUGUAUAG